GUUUGAUAUCAUUUGUCUUACAAAAGAUGGAGCAGUGCCAAGAGAGGAAGUUUGUGUGUAGGUUCUGCAGCAAGAGGUUCCCUUGUGGGAAAUCACUUGGAGGUCACAUCAGAACACACAUGAACAAUGAGAACUCAGCUGAUUCAGAUGAAGAUGAACUCAGUAAGCUCAGAGUUUAUGAAAAUGGAGGUCACUAUAGCUAUGGUCUGAGAGAGAAUCCUAAAAAGAACAAGAGGUUUGUGGUUCAAAGAGACAUGAUGGCUUUCAAACAUCAGCAACAGCAACUUCUUUGUUGCAGAGAAUGUGGUAAAGGUUUCCCUUCUUCUAAAGCACUUUGUGGUCACAUGGCCUGUCAUUCUGAGAGAGAGAAGAUUGUGAUGGAUAGUCAAUCUGAGACUGAAGCUUCUUCCUCACCUAUUAGGAGAAGAUCCAAGAAAGUUGUGAAACAUCACCACGAGUCUGAUGCUUUUGUAGUUGGUGGUAGCAUCAUGAAUCAUCAAUACGGUUCAGCAUCUUUUGAUGAUUUUAAGGUUGAGCCGGAACAAGAGGAAAUGGCAUUGUCUCUGAUGAUGAUGUCUAGAGAUUCAAGUUUCAAGAAAGGACAUAACAUGGUUGUGAACUCUGUAGCUGAGUCAUCAGACAACUACUCUGUGAUUCUCGAGACUAAGUCAUCUUCAGGAGAACAGCUGAAGAAAGUUGAGGAGUUCUGCAAGAAAGACAAACAUGGAGGAGGACUGGAUGAUGGUGAUGUUCUGUAUGAAUCAGACAAUUCUGAUUCUGGCUAUUUCAGGAAUGGCCCAAAGAAGUUGGACUCAGAUGUUUCUGUUGAUGCUGGAUUCAAUAACAAGACUGCAAUGAGAUUCAACAGCUCUGCAACAAAACAAGACAAGAACAGAUUCAUGAAGGAGUGGUCAGGAUCUAAAGCAGUUUGUUCUCCUACAAAGUAUGAUUUGAGGAAAAGCAAAAGAAGCUUCACUUGUUACGGUAGAAAGAAAAUCAAGUAUGAGUUCACUGAAUCAAUUUAUGACAGUGGUGAUCAGCAUAGCUUGGAGACUGAGUCUUGUGCAGACACAAUCAAGAUUUAUACUAAACCCACAAUGGUUAAGAAACCAAGUGGUGGUGGAAAGAAGAGAAGCAAAGGUCAUGAGUGUCCUAUUUGCUUCAGGGUGUUUAAAUCAGGACAAGCUUUAGGUGGUCACAAGAGAUCACAUUUCCUUGGGAAUCAUGAACACAGGACUUUAGUGAUUCAACAACACCAAGUGGCUCAUGAGAUGCAUACACUAAUUGAUCUCAAUCUUCCUGCUCCUAUUGAUUAAUGAAUCAGUAGUAAACCAAGAUACAUAAUUUUGUUCUCAUUAUUGUUGUUUCCUCUCUGUUCUUGAUUUUUUGUGUUGCUUCAGAUUCAAGAAUACUUUUGGUUUGGAAAGUAUAUCUAACUUUUAUUUUUAUUUGUUCAUAAUCAUAUCAAG